AUGGAUCAGAUAGAAGAUGACGAUUGGUGGCAAAUUAAUAAAAGUGACUUUGUCAAGGAUGACUGUCUCUUUUCAUCAUUUCCCUCUUUAGACUUACAUUAUGCUAAUUGCUAUAACAAUUGGAAUAGAAAUGGCGAUGCUUAUCAUGAAGUUCAUUGUUUACCACAAUCUAGUACGAAUGAAGCAAUAACAACAACAAUAACAAAUCAAUAUGGAAAUAUUAUCAAUGAUAAUGAGAUGAUAAGUUUGAAUAGCAUAAAUAUGCCAUUGGAAGCAAUGGAGGAGGAGCAGAAUUUAGCUUCCAAUCAUUUUGAUGGUAAAAUUGAUCUAAACAACAGUUAUCCAAAUGGUAUGCUUUAA